AUGAUUUGUACUUAUUUGAGCGAUUACUAUCAAAUACUUAGCUUGCAAAGAACUGAUAAUUUUUUUUUAUAUUUCAGACAAAAGAGGGCAUUAUGGAAAUAUUCAACGGAUCGAGCGAUGAUAGCCGCCAGGUGGACGUGGUUGCAGGCGCAAAUAGCCGACCUAGAGUAUCGGAUUCGCCAGCAUACGGAUCUGCACAAGCAGAUCCGCUUGAACAAAGGUGUCAUACAACUAGGCGGCGCGAGCCCGCCCCACACAGCAACUUCCGUAUCGCAAACGGCCUUAAACGGGUACAGAGGUCAACUCCCGGGUAGUUCGCCUUUAACCUCAAAGGCUGCGGAUAGUUCGGGUGCGGAAAACCUCAGUGCGGAUUAUCAGUGCGCCAGGACCAGACCUCUAGUGAAGUUCAGGAAGAGGAAGUUGCUGCAGAUUUCAGGACUUCACGCUGUCUCGAGAAAGGCCGCAAGGCCGAGCACCGUACGAUGUGGGUGCGUGCCCCUGUCCAAUCCUUGUGCUCUUUGUACGGGCAGGACGGACCCCACGCACCCUCGGGAUCCACCGGAUACGUUCAGCCGCUCGGAGAAGGUCGCCUUGCUGGAUCCUGGAUUCCACCCUGUCGUUUCGCUACCUGAAGAUACCUCUCAAAGCAUUCACCUCGAUGCCAUGAUGAAGGCCCAAGAAUGGCAACAAAGAAGUACAAGAAUGAAAACCUUUAAGGUGUUGUCGAAGCCCGAAAGGCACGAGCCUAAAUCAUUAGAACAUAGAACGAAAAAAUUAGAACAUCGGAAGAAGUACGGAAGAUUAUUGAAGACCAGCACACUCACAGCUUUAUCUGCAAAAAUACGGAAUAAAAUCAGAGGGCGAAAACCAGGUAGGCCAUCUAAUUUCCAUCGUAAAACUCAUAUGGGUGGAGAUUUGCCGCAAUCAACGAAUCCUCCCACGGAUUCUGCAGCCGAUGAGGAAGUGGAGUCUAUAGGUAACAACAGCAACCCUGGUGGUCCUCGUUCACUUGAUUCACCUAGUUCGUCACCUUUGUUACACAUGCACUCCAUUUCUGGAUACAACAAGAGAAGCAGUCGUUUCCAGUCAUACGAUAUUGACAACAUUGUUAUACCGUACAGUGUGGCCGCUGCUACUAGGGUAGAGAAAUUACAGUACAAAGAAAUUUUAACUCCUAAGUGGAGAGUUAUCGAUCCUGAUUACGGUAAUGAAUUCGAAACCAAAAAUAAUGGCGCCGUAAAAGACCAUGACUCAGAUAGUGAAGUGGAAGAUGUUUCCGAGGACGCUGUGAUUUCGCGUCACGACCGUUGCGAAUAUGAUGAAAAGAAACGCUUCUUGAGCUACUUGAAAUUUCCGCUCGGACACGGCCGGUCACGUUCUCACCGGCGAACCGACAGCAGGGCCGAAUCGAGCGGCGGCAACACCCCCGAUCCGAUGUCUCCACAUAAUCCUGACCAUCAUGAUUCGCCGAUGACGUCGCCUCCUGCCACGCCUCUCUCGGCGGGCUUAGUGGACGAAAGUCAGUUGCUAAGUCAGCUGCCGUCGAUCGCCGUAAUGAGACGAAGGACCAUGUCUCAAUCGAAAUUUGGAAUGGGUGGAAAGGAACGGGAGAUUAAGGAAGAGUCUCGAGCAACUACCCCUGAUAUUGUUGAGGUACUACCAUACGACAAACGAUUAUUUCCAAUCAACGACGAAACUUAUGAGAAGAUGCUCAAGCAUAUGCCUGAAGACCACCAAUUUCAAACGAAUAUUAGAUCCCAGGACUCGAAUGAAUAUGACAGAGACGUCUAUGAUUCCUAUAUAGAUCAGAAGCUCGAUUCCCCUGACACGGAGUCGACAGAAUCUGCAAUCGGAGAUGGAGAAGAGGACCCCAAUGAUCCAGAAUGGAUCGACAUGGAAAGACUUAGUAGAGAGCGUUACAAAAGAUAAAGCAUCUUUUUCGUAUAGUUUUUUUUUAUAGUUCAAACCCAAUCCAAGUGAGAAUGUGUACUCUAGUUCAAAGUUUCCUUGACACUAUAUGAGACCGAACUGGAGCUUCCGAAAAAAAAAACAGUUUUGAAUUAUUUUGAGUAUGUUUUUUUUUAUGAAUUUUUAAGCAAGUUACUGUACUAGUAUUGCAUAGUAUUGAUUCAAACAAUGUUGCUAGCGGAGUUAGUUUGAUCUGCUGCAUUUUGAUUUCGUUAACUGUGAAAUUGUUGAAAAUAAUUAAAAGUACUCUUCAUAAGAGUAAUGUGUAUCAUAAAGAUAGUGUUAUUUGUAUUCGUUAUUUUGGUUAAACUAAUUUUACAUAAUCUACCACAAAGUUUCUUGUAUGAUGUUAUAUCUUGUAAAUUAUAUUGAAUAAAAUAAGUGAAAAGGAAAAUAUUUAUUUUCAAACGCUUAAUGUUGACAAGAGGGUUUAGUUACCUACUCUAACUAGUUGGUACAUGAAUUUUUAUAUCCAAAUAUGUUUUAAUAUUACAUGAUACAAAUAAAAAUGUAACUCGGUC